AUGGUACCCGAUGAUGAAUUUUAUAUACGAAUUUUAUCUAUUGAUCCUAACUAUCGAACACCAGGAAUUCUUGGUUUUACCAAUGCUCAUCGAUCGGUGUUUGUUGAAGACUUUAAUAAACUACCAGCUGGUGAUCUAAUAGCAUUAUAUGAUCGUAAAGAAUUUUGGAUUCUAAAUGAAGAUGCAUUCGAUGAAAGAUUAAAUGAACUUGAUGAAUAUUGUUUCGUAUAUGAUAAAAGUGGUGAAAUUCAUAUGUGGCGUAAUAAUGAAUCAACCUCUCCAACCAAAACUGUAGCAUAUGCUGAUGCAAGUCAAAAAUUUUAUCCAUUUUUUUUCCUUAAUGGUCGUAUUACAGCUCUCUCUUUAUUUGGUUUGAUUUCACUUACAAAAACAAUAAAUCAACCAUUGCCAGAGAAAGAGAAAGAUGAUAAUGCAGGCUUAUGCCAACUUUGUUGUGAUCGAUCAACGAACUGUGUAUUGAUUCCAUGUGGUCAUGUCUUCUUUUGUUUUGAUUGUAAAGAUCUAUUUGAGAAACAAUCAGCAAAAAAAUGUUGUCUAAAUUGUCGAAAAGAAUAUACAAACAUCUUUGAAAUCGAAGAUGAUUAA